AUGGCGGAUGUUGCAAUAGAAAAGAAGAAAGGAUCUAAAAAGGUAGUAGCUGAGGAUACUUCUUCUGAAGCUUCGGAAAAUGAAGCAAAUGAGGAAAGUGGACAGAAAGGAUCGGAUGUUGAAAAUGAUGAAAAUGAAGGAGAAGUCACAGAAGCUCAGAAGAAAGUUGCCGAAGCAGCUGGACUGUCUGACCAGGUCUCUGGUGACAAAAUGAGCAAGCAGUCGCGAUCCGAAAAGAAAGCGCGUAGAUUGUUUAGCAAAUUGGGUCUAAAACCAGUACAUGGUGUAUCUCGUGUUUCUAUCAGAAAAUCGAAAAAUAUACUUUUCGUGAUCAACAAACCAGAUGUAUUCAAAAGUCCUGGUUCAGACACAUACAUAGUGUUUGGAGAAGCUAAGAUUGAAGAUUUAAGUGAACAUGCGCGAUUUGCUGCAGCAGAGCGAUUGAAACCGAGUGAUACCCAACUCAGUAGCCAAGGUGGACGUAUGAAUGUUGCGCGUACUGAACAGGAAGAAGAAAGUGGUGAUGACGGUGAAGUUGAUGCUACUGGUAUUGAAGAGAAGGAUAUUGAAUUGGUCUGCUCCCAAGCAAACGUAUCUCGUAACCGCGCCAUCAAGGCAUUAAAGAAGGCAGACAAUGACAUUGUCAACGCUAUCAUGGAGCUGACCAUGUAG